UUUUUAUCCUGAUUUAUCCCUGAAAAAACUUGUGAGUCCGGGCAAUCCCAAGAACUUCAGCAGACGGAACGUUUUGAUAGCAUUGUCAGAAAACAAUUUUUAGAACUUUUCUAAAGAUUUUUAAUAAAUGAAUGCAAUUUUUAGAACUUUUCUAAAGAUUUUUAAUAAAUGAAUGCAAUUUUUAGAACUUUUCUAAAGAUUCAGCGAUGAGAGCAUUGAGAAAAUGGAAACUUCUUCAACAUGGAUCCAAACUUUGUCAUUCUCUUUUCUCACAAUAGCCUUCCUUCAUUUUGUUGACGUACUGAUUAUUUCCCCAAAACUCACCCUCAAUCACCAAAAUGUCAGAGUCAAGAAGCUGCCACCGCUUCCCCUGCGGUUCAACUCUGAUGGAACUUUCAAAAUCCUUCAGGUAGCUGACAUGCAUUUUGGGAAUGGACUGGGGACUAGAUGCAGGGAUGUGCUGGACAGUGAGGUCGCGUACUGUUCUGACCUCAACACUACUCAGUUCCUUGAAAAGAUGAUUCAACUCGAGAAGCCCGAUUUCGUUGCUUUUACGGGAGAUAAUAUAUUUGGAACAAGUGCCACAGAUGCAGCUGAAUCUCUAUUCAGAGCUUUUGCGCCAGUUAUAAAAGCUGGGCUCCCCUGGGCAGCAGUUUUAGGAAACCAUGAUCAGGAAUCAACCAUGAAUCGUGAAGAAUUGAUGUCUUUCAUCUCCCUCAUGGAUUACUCUUUGUCAAAAACUUUUCCUUCAGCUGAAGAGGCUGCCUAUGAUCCACGCAACCAAAACCAGGCCCCACAUAUUGAUGGGUUCGGGAAUUAUAACCUGAGAGUAUGGGGUGCUCCGGGCUCACAGUAUGUGAAUAGCACUGUCCUUAAUAUCUAUUUUCUUGACAGUGGGGACAGAGCCGUAGUCCAUGGAGUUCGAACAUAUGGAUGGAUUAAAGAGUCUCAACUUCAAUGGCUUCGUGGCAUUUCUAAAGGAAAUCAGUCACAUGGAUCGCGGUACGCUACAGUACGCGGUAUGAAAACGGGAACACAAAUCGCGAAUAUUAAUCCGAUACGCGAGGGGAGCAAUAUCAACACUCCAAAUUCGAAUCAACUGAAUUUUCCAAUGUCGCCCCUGCAUUAACCUUCUUCCACAUUCCCAUCCCAGAAAUUAAACAAGGACCUGUAAGAGGUAUUGUUGGCCAAUAUCAGGAACAUAUAGCAUGUUCAUUUGUGAACUCUGGAGUCCUAAACACACUUGUCUCUACGGGAGACGUAAAGGCGGUUUUCAUAGGUCAUGAUCACACAAACGACUUCUGUGGGAAUCUUGACGGCAUAUGGUUUUGUUAUGGUGGAGGUUUUGGAUAUCAUGGUUACGGUGUUCCAGGGUGGCCAAGGAGGGCAAGAGUCAUUUUGGCUGAACUUGGGAGAGGGGAGAAGUCAUGGAAUGGGGUAGAGAGGGUCAAGACGUGGAAACGACUUGAUAAUGGGAGGCUCAGCAAGAUUGAUGAGCAAAUCCUUUGGCAGAGGUGAAAAUGUUGACCUGUUAGUACCUUGUAACUUUAAUGUCGUCUCUUGUGUGGAUAGUUAUACCACGUUUUAGUUUUGCAGUUCUUGAAAGCUUGUGAGUUGUGACUGAGAAUUCACUCCCACGAAAAUUUACUGAAUCAUAUAUUACGUGAGCUUCUUGUAAAUUGGUUAAGGAUGUGUUUGGACUUCGUAUCCA